GGCCCUAGGGGGCUGUGACAAGAGGCUGUGCCCCCCCCAUCCCUGCCCCCACCCUCAUCAUCUGCCUGUCUCCCCCAGGUGCUGCCAGGACGGGUUUGUGCUGCUCUCACAGCCCUGCUUGGAUCCCAGAGACCCUUCAGCAGCGUCUUUAAGGCCUCCGACCUCCACGUGGAGCUGAGCCAACACCUGAAGCCCCAGCCAGACCCUGGGGCUCUGGUGUUCGGGAAAAACUUCACGGACCACAUGCUGACGGUGGAGUGGAGCCAGGAGAGGGGCUGGGGUAGACCCUACAUCAAGCCCUUCCAGAACCUCACCCUGCACCCAGCCUCCUCUGCCCUGCACUACUCUGUGGAGCUCUUUGAGGGCAUGAAGGCUUUUCGGGGGACUGACCAGCGCAUCCGCCUCUUCCGGCCCAUGCUGAACAUGGAGCGCAUGUACCGGUCAGCCAUGAGGGCCUGCUUGCCUGUCUUUGAUCAGGCUGAGUUGCUGGAGUGCAUUUGCCAGCUCAUCUCCAUCGACCAGGACUGGGUGCCCUGCUCUGACAGCGCCAGCCUGUACAUUCGGCCUACCUUCAUCGGGACCGAGCCGUCCCUGGGGGUGAGCAAGUCUGGCUAUGCCCUCCUGUUCGUCAUCCUGGGGCCGGUUGGGCCCUACUUCCCCACAGGGAGCUUCAGCCCCAUUUCGCUGCUGGCCGACCCCCGCUUUGUCCGCGCCUGGAUGGGCGGGGUCGGGGACUGCAAGGUGGGCGGGAACUACGGCCCUACCAUUUAUGUCCAGAAUGAGGCUGCCAAGAAGGGCUGCCAGCAGGUCCUGUGGCUCUAUGGGGAUGACCACCAGGUGACCGAGGUGGGCACCAUGAACAUCUUCAUGUACUGGACUGAUGAGCAUGGAGAUCUGGAGCUGGUGACCCCCCCGCUGAAUGGCAUCAUUCUCCCAGGAGUCGUUCGCCAGAGCCUGCUGGACUUGGGGCGCAAGUGGGGCGAGUUUAAGGUCUCAGAGCGGGUCUUCACCAUGGCCGACCUGCUUAAGGGGCUCCAUGAGAAUCGGGUCAAGGAGGUGUUUGGGUCGGGCACGGCCUGUGUCGUCUGCCCUAUCAACCACAUCCUCUACCAGGGUCAGAGCUACCACAUCCCCACCAUGGAGAAUGGCCCGGACGUGGCCAAGCGCUUCCUGAAGGAGCUGACUGAUAUCCAGUAUGGCCGUGUGUCCAGCGACUGGGUGCACCCCGUCUGACCUGGGAUGGACCUUGCCUGCCCCUUGGCCCUGACUCCUUCACUCCAGAGCCUCUCUCACCCCGACAGACCACUCCCACCCCCACAACCAGGGGCGAGGUGGGCUGUGGCUAUGGCUUUAAUUCUUCCCCAGUCCCAUCUGUCUGGGUCUGGAGCCUUCAUCUCCCCAGGUAUCUACCAACCCCCUCCCUGGAAUAUCCCCCUGCCUUGGUGUCACUCCCCCUCAGCAGGUACUCCCCUAACUGGACCUGUACCCCAAAAGAUCCAGGAACCCAAAGAUCCCCCCUGCUUGGGAUUUCAGAGUGGGGGCAUCUGCCUGUCUGUCCAGCCGGACCCGAAGACAGUGCCCCCCUCCUCUUUUUUUAAAGUGCAAUAUAUAUAUAUAUAUAUAUAGACCCCCCCCCCUUCACCAACACACACUCCCUGUGGGUUUAAUGGCUCCCUGCUGUUGCCAUUAGCAAUGUCUUCUGGGUAAUCUGUCCUGCAAUGCAUUCUGGGAGACACCAGUGCCCUUGGCUGGGGCAGGCUUUGAGCUGUCACAAUACCUUCUGGGUAACCCAGAAGCAGUGCAUUCUGGGGAAUGUCGGUUCAGUGGCGGAGUGGUCCCCAGGAGGGUUGCAGUGCCUUCUGGAUAAUCUGCCCCACAAUAUAUUCUGGGAGGUUCCCACGUCCCAACAGGAGGACCCUGCUCAUGGGUGCAAUGCCUUCUGGGAAACUGCCCCCAUGUGCCCUGCUGCCAGAAGUGUGGCAUUCUGGGAGAGCAUGUGGCACCCCAGGGGCGGGCAGGGAGAGACUCCCUGAAUCACUGCAAUGCCUUCUGGGUAGUGCAUCCCAGAAUGCUUUGCUCCCAGGGCAGAGGUGUCUGAGACAGACCGGCCCCAGGGAGGGCGGGAGCUCAAGGAACAAUUAGAAUCAAAAGGCCUUCUGGGUAACGAUAUUCUCAGCAUGCUCCUCCUGCAGCAGUGCAUUGUGGGAACGGCUGGGAGGGCCAUCUUCUGCUGCCAUGUCAUGACCGUGCCUUGGUCCCCUUUCCUAUUGCCCCCGCCUGGCUUAGAGCCCAACUGGUGCAAUGCAUCCUGAGAAACCACUCAUCUCCGCAGCCUGCUAACGGUUGUAAUGCCUUCUGGGUAAUUUAUACCCUGCCCCGCACUUUUGCUCCUGGGAGCAGUGCAUUGUGGGAGAGAUUGUCUGCCUUGGGGGGUGGCAGCUGCCUACGAGGUGUUUCAGGGGCUCCCCCUGCUCAAUUAUGAAGCUGGGGGACAUGCAUCCCAAUCUGGGCCCGUUUCCCCCACUGCCCCAUCCCCUCCAGUGGUAACAGCACAGUUGCUCAGUGGUUAAAGCUUCUUUUGUAUUAAAUGGAAUGUCAUUGGCUGAAGCCUGGUCCUGAAUCCAUGUGUGUGCAUGUGGGGAGGGGGAUAUGGAGGUUAACAUGACCCAAGUUUGGGGGUCCUUCAUUAUGCUGGUCACUGCCCAGCCCCCCACUGAGAUUGGGGUCUCUGUAAUGCUGUACAAUGCCCCCUGAACCAGGAUCAGGGUUUAGGUAUGCUGUAUAGACCCCUGCCCAUGGACAGAGGUCAGGCACCUGCUGUACCAGGUGUUGUACAGACCCCCCACGAUCCAGUCCACAGGCUGAAGGGUCAAGGGCUGAGCUGGAGGAGGGGCUGGGGGCAGCUGGUAGCACUGGGGGCAGGUCAUGGGGCAGGGGUGGCAGUCUGGGAUUGGGGGGGACAGCUGUGGGGGCUGGAGGGGAGCUCCAUUUCUCUCCUCAUCACUCAACCCCUGCCUGUCCCCCUCUCCCCCAUCAUGCCUGGUGCUGCAGGGGGAUGAGUUAGGCCACCUAGGCACUGAGCAGGGCAGAACAGGCUGACGUUGGUCCCAUGGCAUCCGGACCCACGUCAUGAGCUUUUGGGGGGGGGGAAAUCUCAUUAAUGUGAUGGUAAGCCCUGCUGGGAACCAGACACAGCCGGACACAUGGGGGGCAGGGCAGGGCAGGGCAGAUCUGGGCCUAGGGCAGUGGCUGGUCCCAGGGCUGGAGAUGGGGCAGGGUCCUUUGCCCUCCUGGGGCCCAAUAGGUGUGAUGCUCCCUCACCCCACCACCCUCAUUUCUCCACUUUCACCUUCCCUUCCUCCUGCUUUCCCAUUCCCCCUCUUCCACCAGCCUUUCCCCUGCUCCUUCAUUUAUUCUUCCCCUCUCUUUUCCACACAGCUCCUGGUUUUGUCCCCACCCGCUCCUGGCAUCCCAGUGCCCCCCACCUCCCGGCAUCCCCCUACUCAACACCCCUAAAACUCUUGUCCUUGCCACCCACUCCCCAUUUCUGUCUCCUCCCCCCAGAAUCCCCCCAUCCCUCCCUUUCUCCUCUGAAGAAGUGCCCCCCUGUGCCUCUCAGGUCUGGGGGGGGUAGAGGGCUUUGGGGUCUUUCUGGGGGGUUCCCCCACCCCUCCUGGUCACAUGAGCUGGCAGCCGGG